CCUGCCCCGCCCCCGUGGCUGAGUCAGUGGCUGCAGUUUAGUCUCCCAGCCAGGCCGGGAGGCGUGCUUUCAGGCUAACUUGUGGAGUUGCUCAGGACUGCCGCACUGAGCGCUCCGUCCCGGCGCCUUCUGUUGCUGGGUUGCAGCCUCCGGGAGGCUGGAAAAGUCUAGGCCUUGAGGCUUCUCCUUGUCCUGAUGUUUCCAGCCGUUUUUGUCCUUCUUUUAACCCCAGGUGCCACAGCCGAAAGCAGUCUCACCUGCACUCCGUCCUCCCCAGGAUCGCACAGUCUCCAUUACAGCCUCACAGUGCUGUGCCAGGACGGGUUUGUGCAGCCGAGCUUUUCAGCUGAGGGACGCUUGGAUGGUCAGGCCUUCCUGCACUAUGACAGUGGGAAGGGCAGGGCAGAGCCCCAGGGACCGUGGGCAGAAGACUUUGCAGCUGAGACGUGGGACACAGAGAUCAAGGACUUGACAGAGAAUGGAAGGGACCUCAGACAACUUCUGGCAGAAACAAUGUCCCUGCAGGAGGAGAAAGGAGGCUUGCAUUCCCUGCAGGAGACUGUGGGCUGUGAAAUCCGAGAAGAUGGCCAGGCCAGGGGCUUCAGGAGUAUCUGCUAUGAUGGGAAGCUCUUCCUCUCCUGUCACCUGGAGACCCAUGGAUGUAGAGUGCCCCAGUCCCUGGAUCAGACCUUGGCCAUGGAAAUCAAGAAGUCCUGGGACACGGAUGGCUUUCAAAGCAAGCACUACCGGGCCCAUGUGCAGGGAGAGCUUUGUGCAAGACUGCAGAGCUACGUGGAGUCCCGGAUGGGCUUCACGGACAGAACAGUGCCUCCAGCAGUGAACGUGACCCUCAGCCAGGCCUUGGAGGGCAGGGUCAACCUGUCCUGCUGGGCUUUUGGCUUCUUUCUCCGGAAUAUCUCAGUGGCCUGGCUUCAGGAUGAGGACCGCGUGAACCAGGAUGCCCAGCAGUCUGGGGGUGUCCUGCCUGAUGGGAACGGAACUUACUGGACCUGGGUGACCAUAAAUAUUCCCCAAGGAGAGAAGCAGAGGUUCACGUGCCACGAGGACCACAGCGGGAAUCACAGUGCACACCCUGCGUCCUCUGGAAAUACCCUGAUGCACUGGAGCCCAUGGCUGAUUCUGGCUGCUGCUGUGGUUUGUGUUAUUUCCAUCAUGUUUUGAUCCAAGAAGACGACGACAUCAGCUGUGGAGAGCCCAGAGCACAUUAGCCUACAAGACCUGGCUCCACACCGCCGUAGUAGCCUCACAACUGGAAUUUAAGUCUUCGUAGUCAGAUCAAUUCAACUGCGGGAGCUUAGAUUCUGCACCUGGGAGGCCUAAAUUCAGCUCCCCACUCUGGUCUGACUGGAAAUUUCCCUCUUGAUACCUCAGUUUCCUCAUCCACAAAAUGAGAAAAACUGUUUAUUUCCAAGUGAGGUUCAUAGGACUAAAACUGGAAUAUAUAUGAGGUGCUUCCAGCUGCUCCACACUAUUUAACACUAUUCUUAUUAUAUUAGAGUAAUAUAUUAAAUGGACUGGUUAUAUUAUUAUAAAUAAGAUUUAUCUGUAAAUUCCUUCAUUGCCGCUCCUCCUGAGGAGACUUAUUGUAGGUUUCUGGAAACCUGAUGUUCCCUUCACCCCCGUCGCACUUGUAUAUCCAUUACUUCACUCUGCAGUAUCUUUAUAAUUUCACGUUAUAAAUUUUAAUGCUCUUUAAACACACAUAUCUGGUCUAUGUUUUAUUUCCUGGGUCUGGAAAGGGAUAUCAGAGAAGGAGAGGUAUAUCUCCAUGCCUCGAGGCAGCACUGAAAAUUCUGCUCCCCCGACCCCUCCAGCUCCCAGUGACUGACAGAGUCACAACAGAAGCAUACAGGGCUGGGAGAAGAUGCAAUGGAACGCCUGGGCCAAUGUUCAGGGGCUGACCCUGAGGCGGAAAUCUUCCCUGAAUAGUUGGAACCCUCAUGUGAUGAAGCAGAGCUGAAGAGUGACAUCAGGGGAGGGGACAGGGACGUUGCUUUGGGGUUUCCUGAUUAUAAGAAUAGGGGUCUGUCUGCUCCUGGGGUGAAGUGACUGCUGAGGACUAGGCUGAUGAGAGAGUAAAGGAACACGGAAUGUGAGUGAAUCAGUCAUACAUCAGCAUGUCUCUCCAUCAGUUCAGAAUGAUUUCUGCAAGGCAAAUGGGGAGGUGAGAUAUUUAUCCACCUGAUGCUUAGUCCUUCCUAACUUCUGGUCUUGGGGCAUGCGUGUGCGUAGUGCUUUUUCCAGUCAGGACAAACUUAGCCCCGCCCAGGUAAAGCACUGAUGGCAGAGUGGGCUAGGGGGGACCUCCCACAGACUGGAAGCAGCUGAGGGGAGUGCCUUCUGCAGCAGGACCUGCCUGGAAGCAAGAUGAUGAUGAAGGGUCCUAGUCAGGUACUGUUCCCUCUCUCCCUGGUUCAUAAGGUGCACGGUAAGGUGGCUGGGAUAAAGAAUUCAUUCACCCAUCUAUUUACCCAGCUUUGUGUAUAUUGACAAAUUCUUUCACGUUUUUAUUCAGGAUUGAUGCCAUCCACACACCUGUGCAUGUAUGUUUCCAUUUGAGUAUUCUUGCUUUUUAGUCAGUUCUCAAGUAUCAUUUGUUGUCGUCAGUUGUCACUAAGCAUAAAAUUUUAUACCCAUUCAAUUUUUUUGUGGUUAUUUUAAUCAAAGGCACAAUUGC